CGGGCAGAGUUGCUGCUGGUCUGUUUUCUACGUCUCUUUCUGUCGUGCUGCAAAGCCCCUACUGUGAAGCGGCUCGCGGGUAUCUGUCAGUGACGUCACCGGGAGUUGACAGACUCCAAAGAGUCAACACAACACACUUAUCGAUAGGAAGGCUGUUCGUUACACACGGUUCCCACGUCGUAGGAGGCACGCAGUACCAACGCCUUGGCGGACCUCUCUGCUCUCAAAGAGGUACUCCUCAGACAGGUAGGACCUACUAAGGUAAGGUAGGUAGGUAUCCACCUGCAUCCGCCUCCGUCCGCAUCGAUGCCGCCAUGUUAGUAGUUACUACCUUGGCUUGCCUUGGCCCACCUCCCGCCAUCUUGCAGGACCCAGACAUCCAGAGAGCCGCGUGAGCUUGUUUCUCGCCCCCCUGCCAACGAGUGAGCGUCAGUAGUAGUAGGUACGUAGGUAAGUAGUUUAUUAGCUUUUCCCUGCGGGCGGGCUCCGCUACCGGCCGGCGAGUCUCCCUGCCCACCCCCCGCCCGCAACGGAGCAACGUUCCCGGUACGCGACGCCUGCUAGUACUUCGUAGUAGUAAGUUGGUAGUACUUCUCCGCAGAAACUCGCGUCACCUCCAGGUCAUGCCGUUCGAUGACGACAUGGCUCUCUCGAUCUGCCCCCAAGCAAGAUUCACAUGUCGUCGUCGUCCGCGACUGCCAUGCUGACGAGGCACGCCGCGCUCGUGGUGCCUGAGCCCAACGCUAUAUAAGACUCGAGCGCCAUCUCCGUCACCCAUUCCCCUUCUCCUCUUCUCUCCAUCCCACAUCAGUUCAUCAACAUACAUCUAACAAACCAAACAAACUUUCAAACAACCCCCCACCAAAUCACAAUGGAUUCCAUCAAGCAGGGCGCCAACUACGUCUCCGAGACGGUCCAGAAGGCCGCUCAGGGCACCUCCAAGGAGGCCAACAAGGAGGUUGCCAAGGACUCCAACGCCCCCAUCGGCACUCGCGCCUCCGCCGCCAAGGACGCCCUCGGUGACAAGGCCAGCGAGUCCAAGCACGACGCCAAGGCUGAGGCCCACAAGCAGCAGAUCUAAGCAGCUCAUGCCGACUCACGAGUACGGAAUGAGGUGACGGCGACCUGUCGUGUUGGUGUUGGACGGGAGGAACGAAAGAGCAGUUGUAAUGAUUGCGCCACAAAUACCCCUAAAUAGCUCCCAAUCCAUUGGUAUCGACAAA